AAAAUGGAAAAGCCGAAAGCGAGAGAGUCGGUCCAAAGUCCAAACCAGCCUACUCCUGGUCACGCCCACCGGGACUUCCCCCUCCUGCCCCCCAAUCGCGACCAAAUUCCGCCAGAUCGCCGGUGGGCUCCCCGCCGGCCUCCUCCUUUCCUCUCCCGGUGGAGUCCCCAGACCACAGCCCUCGCCGUGGAGAAAUCUGUAGCGGAGGUGGAGGUGGAGGUGGAGGUGGAGGUGGAGGUGGAGGAGGGAGCGAGAGUAGCGAGGGGAGUGGGGGGAUGUCUAGCCUGUCAAUCACGGUGAUGACGCUGAACCUGCUCGAGGGGGAGCAGCCGAGCGAGAGCCCCAACAGCUGGGAGAGGCGCCGCGACAUCUGCGUCAGCGUCAUCACCAGCUACUCCCCCACCAUCCUCUGCACCCAGCAAGGAAUGAGGUGCCAGCUGGACUAUCUACAGCAGUGCCUGCCUGGUUAUGAACAAUUUGGGAUUUCAAGAAAAGGUGCACAAGAUAAUACUGAUGAAUAUUGUACAAUAUUCUAUGAAAAAGAGAAGGUGGAGCUUACAGAAGGUGGUACCUUUUGGCUGUCAGAAUCUCCUUCAGUGCCUGGAAGCAUUUCAUGGGGGGCAACUGCACCCUGCAUUGCUACAUGGGCAACGUUUCAACUCAAAAGAGUAGAACCACCUGGCUUCAGCUUCCAGAUCGUAAAUACAAACCUUGACGAAGAUAGCCCUCGAGCUCGUAGACGAAGUGCUUUGCUAACAUGGCAACAUAUAGCAUCUUUGCCACCCAAUUUACCAGUGAUCUACUGUGGUGGAUUCAACACACAGAAAGAGUCAAUGACUGGGCGGUUUUUGCUCGGUAGAUCCAGAGAACAUGGUGUUGUGGGUGAUAUGAGAGAUGCUUGGCCAAAUGCUCGUGUCCGCAAAAAUGUUUCACUGAUACAUACGUACCAUGGAUUUAAAGGCGACCAGCAUCAUGGCCAGGUCGGCUGCUACCUCUUGCACAUACUCACUGUAUUCACAAUUCAAGGGGCAUGUCAGAUAGUAUUAAGUAGCUACAGCCUACCAUUGAAGAUUGGAAGGGAGAAACAAGGCGCCCUAGAGUUUCUGAAAUUAAUAUUUAGAGCACUUUGUCUCUGCUGGGAUCGACAGACUCAGGACUUGCAUAUUGACUGGAUACUGUUUAGAGGACGUCCACUGGUUCCAGCACUCUGUGAAGUCAUAAACGACAAUAUAGAUGGUGUUUAUCCUUCAUCACAUUUUCCCAUAUUUGCCGAGUUUUUGCUUCCACGCUCUGUCCGCUUAGUGGAGACACCAUAAUCGUUGUGUAUUCCUGUUGCAUACCAUUUCUUUUUCCCUCAUUAAUGUUUCCCAGCCCUGUUUUGUUUUUGGUUAAAUCAUUUUUUUAUUUUCCAUCUGUUUCGUUUAUUUGCCUUGAUCAUAUAUAUGUACUUCUGUGCAGCAUCUGGGCCUACAUUCUUAUCAUCUUAUGUACUUUAUCAGUCAAGAGUGCUGCUACUCUUGUUGCCUAGUCAACCUUACUCUGUUCUCAACGAUCUGUAUACAGUUUUACCAGUUUUGCUUUUGAGAUCAAUUUUGAUUUCAUCUGUAAAUAAAGUUACAUACUGCUGAUGUUCCUGAAGGAUGCCAU